GAGCUAAAGGCCUCAAUCAAGACAAGAAGGCUUUUAAGAGAGGUUCAAAAAUCACUUUUAGUCAAGACAACCCAUAUAUCAAUCAAGAAACUUCAGAUAACAACCAAACUACAGAACAUCUGCAACACCUUCAAAAGAUU